AUGGAUUUAAACAUCUUCUCCGAAAUAGAAGAAGACGAUCUGGGGCAGUCCCAAAUCCAGGAGUCAGCAACAGAUCUGCAACAGCCCCGAAGGACGCCGACCUGUCGUAGCGGAUGCAUCUUUUCCAGAUUGGUCCAAGUGUGGAUAGAUUGUGCCGAUGCAAUAAUUAAUAUUUGUUUUGUCCAUGGUCUGACGGGUGACCGAAACAGAGUAUGGACGGCACAUCCCCAACCAACGUCUUGGCCCAAGACACUCCUCUCUGCCGAGUUUCCAAGAGCCUGUCUACUUGCUUAUGGCUACGAUGCGUAUAUCGUUCGGAAUUCGGCCGCAUUAACCACCAAUUUGACAGAUCAUGCUUCAAACCUCCUUCAUGGUUUGACAUCCAAUCGGUACAGCUUGUGCAGCUUGUACGCGUGUAACACAUGCGAUGCCUCCAAUCGCCCCCUCAUCUUCGUCGCCCAUAGUUUAGGCGGUAUCGCCUGCAAAGAAGCUCUUCUUCAUUCGCGUAAUGCUCCUAAGCCACAUCUCCGCGGCAUAUUCGAUUGUACCGUCGGGAUGGCCUUCAUGCGCACACCGCACAGGGCUUCCUGGAUGGCUGACUGGGCGCACAUUCCAGCUUCUGCCUUGGGCUACAUCAAGUCUACCAACAAAUCCCUGUUGGAUGUCUUGCAUACGAAUGACCAAUUCCUUGAGUCGAUUCAAAUUAGAUCCUGGAAGAUGGUUUCGUGCUUCUUUGAAGAACUGCCUCUCUCUGCUGUAGGGUUAGUCGUGUCCAAGACAUCGGCGACCCUUGAGGGGUAUACGGCGAAGAAAAUCCUAACGUUAAAGUCAACAGAGUUCAAUUCAUAUCGAUUUUAA